AUGAAUUCAUCUUCAAGUACAAUGUCUUUCGUUUUAUCACAAAAAGGAAAACCAUUGCUUGUUAUGGAUGAUUAUGUAUUUAGGUUAAAUAAAACUACGAAUACCACAAAAUAUUAUCGUUGUGAAAACAGAGAUUGUACGGCAACAGCUCACACUGAUUUAAAUAAUGUUCUUUUAAAAGUAAAUGCUAAUCAUUCCCAUGUAAUUGAACCAGAGAAAAAAGAAAUUCGUAUUUUUAAACAAGUCGUCAAGGAACGUGCCACUAAAGAAAGCACUCCUAUACCAAAGAUAUAUGAAGAAGAAUCAGCAAAAAUGAUUUUAAAAUUCUCGACUAUUGCUAUUUUACCGUCUCAAAGAGAGAUGAGUAGUUCUUUGAACAAGGCGCGACGUCUUGAAACGCCACCUAUUCCUGAUUCACAGAUUUUCGACAUUCCAUAUUUAUAUACUCGAACAAUAAAAAAUGAAGAAUUUCUUUGUGUUGAUAAAUUCAUCAAGAGAAAAACACGUAUUUUGUUAUUCGCUUCAAAUGAACAGCUUAAGCUGUUAUUUCAAAAUUCAAUUGUUUUAAUGGACGGAACAUUUAGUACUUGUCCAAAAAUUUUUGAUCAAGUAUUCACGAUACAUUCAAUUAAAUAUGAACAAUCAUUCAUAUGUGGGAUUGGACUAUUACCUGAUCGUAAAAAGUCCACUUACAGAUUUGUCUUCGAGGAACUCAAAGCUUUAGCUGUUCGAAUGAAUCUAGUUUUCAGCCCAUCCACUAUAAUUACUGAUUUCGAACCUAGCUUAGCUGAAGCUAUUAUUAGUGAAUUUCCAAGUAGCAACCAUAUCGGUUGCUACUUCCAUUUUACUCAAGCCGUGUACAGACAAAUACAACACCUUGGCUUAUCUAGUGGUUAUUGUAGUGAUGAAAGUAUUCGUAUGACAUGCAGAAAGCUUAUGGCUCUUCCUUUGUUGCCCUCUUCAGUCGUAUUGAAAUGUUUUGAAGAUCUUUAUGAAAGUGUACUACUAUCAUCAUCAUCAGCACUUGAUUCAUUGAAACCUCUUUUUGAAUAUUAUGAAAACUAUUGGGUUAAAACAAUCGGUAUCAAAAGAUGGAACGUUUAUGGUAUUCGUAUUAAAACGAACAAUAAUGCUGAGGGUUUUCAUAAUCGUUUAAAUUUACGAAUAGCAAAGCAUCACCCAAACAUUUGGAUAUUCAUUAGAUGUAUACAAGGCGAAGAAAUUCGCUUCAAUCAUGUUUUAAUUCAGAUGAUCGGUGGUCUUGCGUGUCGAACAAAAACAGCUGCUACGAAUGCUAUACAGCAAAGAAUAGAUACACUGUAUUUACGCUAUCAAAAUAAUGAUAUUACUGUUGAUGAACUAUUACUUGGACUUUCUUAUGUCGUUGCAAAAAAUACGACGGCGAAAAGAAAAAAAUAA